AUGUCCAUGGAUGUAACUUUCCUGGGCACAGGCUCAGCCUAUCCCUCUCCAACAAGAGGAGCUUCGGCCCUCGUGCUGCGCAGGGAAGGAGAGUGCUGGCUCUUUGACUGUGGAGAGGGAACCCAGACCCAGCUCAUGAAGAGCCAUCUCAGAGCAGGCAGAAUUACCAAGAUUUUCAUCACUCAUCUGCACGGGGACCACUUUUUUGGCCUGCCUGGCCUGCUGUGUACACUGAGCCUCCAAAGCAACCCUGACCCAAACAAACCACCAGUUGAUAUUUAUGGACCUUUAGGACUGAGGGACUUCAUCUGGAGGAGCAUGGAGCUCUCCCACUCACAGCUUCUCUUUUUUGUUCAUGAGCUGGUACCUACACAGGACCAGUGCCCUGAGGAGGAAUUUAAAGACUUUUCCUACCUGGACAGAGAUGAGGGAUUUCCCAAGGGAACACAAGGGAGAAUCCUCCACCUGGAUCCAGUAGAAAGCUCUUACCUGCUGGUUGAGGAUGAGCAGCUGGUUGUGAAAGCUUUUCGCCUGUUUCACCGUGUCCCUUCCUUUGGAUUUGUGGUGGAGGAGAAACCCAGGCCUGGGAAACUCAACGUAGAGAAACUGAAAGACCUUGGAGUUCAACCAGGUCCUUUAUAUGGGAAACUGAAGAAUGGAACUGCAGUUGUUCUAGAAAAUGGAGUCACCAUUUCUCCUUCUGAUGUCUUGGAAGACCCUAUUCCUGGAAGGAAAAUCUGCAUCUUGGGGGAUUGUUCAGGGGUGGUUGGAGAUGCAGCCAUCAAGCUUUGCUGGGAAGCAGAUGUGCUGGUACACGAAGCCACGUUGGAUGAUACCCAAGAGGAAAAGGCCAGAGAACAUGGUCACAGCACUCCCAAAAUGGCAUCAGAGUUUGCAAAGUUGUGUCAAGCUCAGAAACUGGUUUUGAAUCACUUCAGUCAGAGGUAUAAACCAGCUGCUCAGGGGGGUGAGGGAGAUGUGGACAUCAGCCAGCUGAAGAGACAGGCAGAGGCAGUGUUAGGAGGUCAAGAGGUGACACUAGCUGAGGAUUUGAUGACACUAGACAUUCCAAUGAAAAAGGAGAAGCAGCAGUGA